AUGAGGCGGAGUGCCACGGAGCCUGCAGCAGCAGCAGCAGCAGCAGCAGCAGCAGCAGCAGCAGCAGCAGCAGCUCCCCCUUGCGAAGCAAAACCCCUCAAGUCUAGGCUUCUCCCUGGACAUGAAGCAACACCUAGGGCCGCCGACCCCCCGGCUGCUGCGGCCGCAGCAGCAGCCGCUGCUGCUGCCUGCAGCUGCGCAGGCAGCAGCAGCAGCAGCGGGGGCGGUUCGGCGCAGCAGCAGCAGCAGCGCAGCAGCAGCAGCAGCGCAGAAGGCCCCGGGGGGGCCCUGAGACGCGCAGCUCUCACCAGGAGGUACUUGAAGUCCGUAAAAAGAAAUUAUAAAAGACAAAAAGCUGUUUAUUUGCAAACCCACACUUUGGAACAAUUCAAAAGUCUGCAGGCUGAAGUCCGCAGGGAAGAAAGGGGGGCCCCCAGGGGGGCCCCCGGGGGGGCCCCCGGGGGGGCCCCCAGGGGGGCCCCCAAGGGGGCCCCCCUGCCGCUGCUGCAAUGCCUAGCGGGGGGCCCCUGUCUUACGCCGCCGCAGCAGCAGCGGCCCAAAGACAGCCGCUGCCAGCAGCUGCUGCAGCGGCCGCUGCUGCCCUGCGAGCUCUGA